UUUAUUAAAUAUACUUUGUUUCAUUAGGGGACUCUCUACAGACACGAUGCUAACAAGACUCAACAAAAGAAACCAUGUCAGUAUUUAUCGUAUGAACUCCAACGUGUCCAGCCGGUCCCGGAUCAGUAGCAAGGUGAUCUCGACGAGAUCCAGAAGAGCUUCAAACAAAGUACUGAGGAGGAAGACCAAGAAAGCUAUGAAUCAUACAAUCAGAGGCCAAUCUAAAGGAAUCAUGUUCAUAGAGGAUCUUGGAAAGCACAUUAUUACAGAGAUUCAGGGUUCUUCUCUUGCUUCUAAUCUUGUUUCUCCUAAUCGGAAAGUGUUUAAUGAAGAACUGGACAAAUCAAUGGAAAUUGUGGGGACUAUCACAAAUGAAGAAAAGACGCCUAAAACAGUAAAAUUUGAACAAAAUAUUGUCCCUUCGAGCAGCCAGAGCACUCAAGGAAGCAUUAGGUCCUUCAGAAACAACUAUUUUUCCUUAAAGAGAAGCAAGCAAAUGUAUAAAACUACAGUUGCCCAUCAACAGAACAGAAAGAGUCGAAAUAUUCUUGGGGCAGCCGGGAAUAGUACCUACAAAACAUUACAAGGGCAUGUUUCCUCCUCUCAGAAUCAACAAAUUAGCUCUGAAAGAUCAGGGUUUGACCUUUCCAGACCAGGCUCAGUGACCUCUCUUUUCACUGCCUGCUCUGUGGGAAAUAAUAUGCAUUCGCGGAACCAAAACUCCUUAUUUGGGCAGCACAGCUCAUACAACUCAGGCUCUCUCAGGUCAGAGGAAGAGAACGAGAGAGAAAUAGUCCAAGUAAUUGAGGAAAAUCAAACACUCGGCUUGGCCAAUCAAAGAAAUCAACAGAGAAAUUGUCGAGGCAGAAUCCAACCUAAAAAGAAGAUUUUCAGAGACAUGUACCUGAUCACUGAAAUUGAAAGUGACCUUGAGAUGUCGAAGGAGUCACUAAAUGAGAAAUCAACAGAUUCUACUUCUUUGAUUGCCGCUCCAUACCAGUCAUUAAGGAAGAACUUACCUAAAAAUUCAGAGGUCCACUGAGAAACUCUGAGACUCCAGUCUAAUUUGAGCACUUUCCAGAGAGAAGUUACCACUAGAAGCAGGAACAAACAGAUUUUGGAAACUACUCAAGACUUUAAAUGCUUCUACGAUAGAGACGUGGUCUCAUAUAAGGAUAAAAGACCAAGAGAGAUGCCUUAUAAUCUCACUAAGGGUGAUGAUGAUGAAGACUCAGACUCAGAGGAUGUAGACAAUGGCAAAAGAUACCUCAAACUACACUUAGAGAAGACCCUUACAGAAGAGCUUAAGCCUAGAAGAAGAUUUUGUUUCUACUAAAGACUUCGUAUUACCUGCUGUUCCUUAGAUUAAGAAGCUAGUAAUC